AGUCCUACAACGUAUGUCCGAGUCAGUGUUCAUGGGACUGUGUGUUAAACUUGGGACUUCACAAAUGGUGGCGAUGAGGAGAGAUGUGGUGGACAUCUUGGAUAUGGCGGAUAAUCAAGGGAGAGCAAGUGAUGUGGUCAGAAGGAUGGGGAGUGGAAGUCGCAGAGAAGGAUUCAGACUGAAAGGAUCAGAUGUAGACAUAAUGGGUUGGCCAAAUAACCACCGUGUGAUCUGGGAAUUAUCUCAGUCUCAGUAUUACAACACACACAGACAAACACUGAUCCUCUGUGACUGUUUUGAUAGUCCACCAGGGUACACUUUGUUAUAUUUACUGUCACCAAGCAUGGACAGAAGAAUCCAGAGAGCUUGUGUUAGAAUGAAUAACAGGCUUUAUGUCUCCAGUUCAGAAUACAGAAAGGUUUGUUGUUCUGCACUUUCACCUGACACCGUUUCACAUGGACCCUGUGCCAGUGGAACAUUUGGAACACUACAAUAUGAUUAUGCCCACUGUUUUGUUGGUGACUUUUGGCCUCCAUCUGCCUCCUCAUGGAUAGACAGAUGUCACUCAUGGCCCCAGCCUCAUGUUGUUUAUGAGAUAGUAAAAAAUGGAUGUCACCUUGUAGCAACUGGACAUAAACUAGGAUAUCAUGUGCAUAAUGAAUGGAGAAUUUCUUUCUCUCUUGCAGAACAUAAACUUGUGUGUGCUAUGAAUCACUGUCAAUUCCUAAGUUAUGGCUUGCUUAAAUUGUUCUUAACAGAUAUAAUUAACUAUGGAAUAAGUGAUGAUGAUAAAUUAAUAUGUUCCUAUCACAUGAAGACAGCAGCUUUCUGGGUGAUUCAACAAAACAUGAUAACACAUUGGUGUCCGCAAACUCUCCUGGAGUGUUUCUGGGUUUGUUUCAAACUCAUCCUUAAGUGGGUGUAUGAGGGAGUCUGUCCUAACUUUUUUAUCCCCCAAAAUAACAUGUUUCUGAGUAAAGUCCAUGGUGAAGCACAACAUCAUCUAUUUAUAAGACUGUAUGGAUUGUAUGAGGAGGGUAUAGCAUUCCUGCUACACAGUCCCUCCGUUAGGUCUUGUAUUAUAAAUGUCCUCCAUAACCCCCACCUCUCCAUCUGUACAGAUGAACAUAUUCUGAUUUCUAUGACUGAGUUUGAUACAGAGCUAUUCCAGGAGAUAGACAGUCAUGACAUACUUCACAAAUCAAACCUAGAAACCUUCAUGAGAUAUCUACAUACAAUAGAACAGAUGAUAGACUCAUCCCUCCUUACACAGUAUCAAGUCAUGAUGCUACAGAAACUUUCAGCUACUGUCCUUCAGGGCACUGCUUUUAUAUUACACAUGGAAACUUACACACCUGACAACAAACUGAGGUAUAGAGCUGACAAAAUGUCCUGUUACAUGUUGAAAUUAGCAGCCAGGUUUAGUUAUAUUACUGACAUGAUGUACAUAGCCAUGUAUUAUUACAAGACACUUAGAUACACAGAAGCUUUAUCUAUCAUAGAGAUGAUCAAGGUCAAGUUAGCACAGCCAUAUGUGAUGUAUCGGUAUAAUAUAGAUACAGAGCUGUAUACCGAGGCUGUAGGGGGACAGUCCUGGUCUACAAAGAUGAGACAGGCUGUAGCAAGGGAUAUCAGUCUAGACACUGACGUCCAUUAUAUCAGUGAAUUGGUACCAGAACAACAGUCUGCUCUACAGAACGAGGUGUAUUCAUUAUUCAUACCACCUUUUAUACUAUUAUACAUGCUAGAGAUCUUGUGCUACAGACAUGUAGACACAAUGAGAGUACAAACAGCUCUAGAUGAUCUACAGACCCUAGUUCACUAUGAUCAGGAUCAGCUUAUACCAAUAGAACUCAGAGACAUAUCGUGGCAGAUUCUGGGGAUCUGUCAACAGGUGACAGGGAACCUCCAGGCUGCUCUAUACUCAUACCAACAAUCUCUCAGACAAAGACCACACAACAACAUACAAACAGCUACAGAAAUGAGAAUACAGGAAAUAUGCCACAGCUUACCAAAUUAGUGAAAGAAAACUACACAUUAUCGAAGCCCAUCUGAUAGAAUUUUUCAUUUGUAUCAUUUCUUCUCAUUUUACCAAAUUUUCUGAAUGGUCAUUUCAUUGAUUUAAAAACAGGUGACAGGGAACCUCCAGGCUUCUCUUUACUCAAAUAUUCCCUCUACCAGAUGCCAUAUAACAAAAGACAAACUGCCACAAUUAUCAGAAUUAUAACAAUAUCUAUAGA